AUGGCGCUCGUCUCUUCCUCCCACCACCAUUCGCGCCUACUUGCUCUCCCGCCAGAACUUCUCGAGCACGUUGCCUUCCACCUCGCCACCCGUCCUCCCAACCUGGGCUCACCCGCCGCCCUUCUUCCACUCCUCUCCACAUCUCGCCGCCUGAAUCAGGCUCUUUCCCCCUCCACCAACUCCGCUCUCUAUGCGAGAAUAGCGAGAGCAAAGUUCACCCUCCCUCGCCACGGCAAACGGCGUUUAAAGGCCGACACCGAUGCAUCCCUCCUCCCAACCUUCUGUCGUGUGCUACGUGUGAUCCGGUCUGGCGACCCCCACCAUCCGCAAGCAGAGUGGGCGUUGCAAAUAGCUUAUGGGCUCUUAUUGGUUGACGAUACGGCCAAACCGGACCUCAGCGACCUCUCCUAUGCCCCAACGUCAUCUCCCUCCCAACCCCCUCCGACUGCCCCCCGGAUAGGAAAAAAUAAGCGCCAGCUUGGCUGGGCUGGAGCGCGCGCGUUUGCAUUGCGGUGGAUUCGGUCCCGGAUGUGGGAGAACAGAAAUGGCGAUCGGGAGCCCAGUUCAAUCCAGGAUACAGAGUGGCGUCCAGAAUGGUCCACUGAAGCAUGGCGCGUGGGCUGGCCACGCGACUCCAACGCCACUGCGUCGGCAUUAUGGUUGUUAUGGUUCUUCGAGUCGAAAGAAACCCUUGCCGCGGAACCGGACAACCUACGCCAGAACGUUAUGGCUCAGCUCCUUCCCUUUGUUGUGGCACCGUUUCGGUAUGCUUCCGCCCUCGCCCCACCCCACCAUUACACGAUCCCUCUACUCGACUCCGUUCGAGCUAAAGUGGGUCUGGACCAAGGCAUAACAGUCCCAACGUUCCACGGAGACUACCCAAUAUACGCCUUGGGGAAGCCUUCUCGACUUCCGAUCAGACGACCCCGCUCAUUGUCAUCCAAAUCCAAGGUUCUGGGACCGCGACUACUUCUUCCGCGCAAAAUCACAUCUCGGCAACGAAAACGACUGCUCUCAGCUCCCCCUGCGCGUCUUCUCUUCUUUGCCCGCGUCCAAGCAGGCAGUCGCAUGGGCAUUCCCCCGCAUCUCCCUGUCGACAGAGCCGAUGCAGACCGACGGUGGCUGGAAGGUGGGAAUACUGGACCGCCGAUUAUUUCUCUCACACAAGCGGAUAUUUUGGAGAAGAAUACGAGACCCAUUGUACGCUUCGAGCGGCAAGUCGUGGCUCGUCUCGGAAGCAGCAGUUUAGAGGACAUUUGGGCUGUGGACCCUGCUGUCAGCGACGCGAGCGAGAGCACUAGAGCGAGGUGGGCUAUCGACCUGUGGCGCGGGAGAGUUUGUCGCGGUUAUGGGGAGGACUUGGAAGUCGCGAGUAGUGAUGAGAGCGAAUCGGGUUCUUCUGACGAGGAUGGGCAACGGACAGCUACACCCAGGUCAACGCAAAUUGCGGAACCAGAACCUGGCCGGAUUGGACGGGUGUAUGAACUUGGGAGCUUUGCGGGACUAUGGGCUGGCACGAUGAUGAUGCCCGGAGAGCAAGCCUACACCAAUGUGAUCAACACGGUUGGUGGCGCUCUCCCUCCCGGCGGACUGACCAACGACGACUUUGUGGCCGUUGCAAGACCGGUGUAUAUGAGGAUUCGGGAGCAUUGGAGCUUUCAUCCAAAUAUCCCGGCCCCGCCCGCUUCAGCCGACAGCGCGACCAACGAUGAAGGGCUCGGAAACGGGUGGUUUCCCAUAAACACUUCGUUUCGAACCGGUGCUUCACUUGCUGCGGGACAACAACUCGAGGUCCGUGUUCCGUCGGCAGCCUUUGCGCAAGAAACACACGUGUACGAGACUAUUUCUCUGCUUGAUGGCGAUCUGCCCAAAGCCAGAGACGGUGCCCAUGACCUGGAUACUUGUCCUGGUUGCAAGAGCGUCGAACAGAGGGAUUGGGAGAGGAGACAGUUUCAAGAUAUGGACCAAGACAAUGAUGCGGAUGUGGAUGAAGACCAAUAUUCCGAACCGCCCUCGUCGGCAACCCCCUCCCCCGCUGUUGCCCUCAGCCCUUCUUCCGAAGAUGGCGGCUUUUCUUCUCCCGAUUCUGAAGACGAAGAAGAUGACUGGGAGCCACUUUCCUGCGAUGGCGUACAGGACGUGGUGUUCACUGGAGAGACGGACGCGAAUCACGGACAAGCUUGGCACCAUUAUGAGUACAUUGGGCGGGUGCGGCCCUGGGACGGGCUGAUUGGACUCCUCAUGAGGCCUCGCAACCGCACGAUAGGACUCGCAACAUACUUUAUUUCGGGCCAUCUGGUUGGCCGGGACACGUUUGAAGGGACGUGGCAAAUGGCUGCCCAGGAUGUGCUCGCGCCGAGUUGGGGAGGGAGUCUGUGUCUCGCGAGAGGGGAAGAGUAA